AUUAGCCUCCUCCUAUCCAAUUGGCUCCCUGCCUGUCUCCUUUACAUAUGCCCGCCCCUUGGGCUGCACAGGGUUUGCGGGGUUCGGCUGGGUUUGCAGCUGCUCCGCUGAGCCAGCCGGGGGCCGGGAGCCGGGAAGCAGCAGCCAGUGGCCGACGACGAAGCUGCGGCGACGGCGGGAUCUCAGCCGCAUUUUUGCCGCCUGCGAACACCGGAGGUCGGCGCCCAGCGGUUUGUGCCUGCAGCUGGGCCCAGGGAAGAGCAGAUCCGACACUUUUGAUUUUAUUUGGGAGGGAGGUAAGGGCGUGAGUCCCGUCGUGAGCCCCCCACCACCCUGCCUGCCUGGGGCCACCUCCCGUCUUCCGUCCGGCCCGGGGUCUGGAAGAUGACUCUGGGGUCUGCCUCGUCUGUGCCCACGGCAGCGGCUCGCAGUGGCAGCCGAAAGUAGUUACUACUUGAUCUUCGGUGGAAAAGUGAGCCGGGGCGUUGGGGCGGCUCUCCUAAGCGCCCCGGCGCCCGCUGGCUUGCUUCUCGUCGUUCGGUUCCUUCCCCCGGCUUCCCGGCGGCCGCAGCAUGAAGUGGCGCAGCGAUGGCCAGAAGAGGUAAGAAGCCCGUAGUGCGAACGCUGGAGGACCUGACGCUGGACUCGGGUUAUGGUGGCGCGGCGGACUCGGUGCGCUCUUCCAACUUGUCCCUGUGUGGUUCCGACUCGCACCCGGCGUCUCCGUAUGGCGGGAGCUGCUGGCCGCCUCUAGCUGACUCCAUGCACAGCCGGCACAACAGCUUUGACACCGUCAACACUGCCCUGGUGGAAGACUCCGAGGGGCUGGACUGCGCCGGCCAGCACUGCUCGCGGCUGCUGCCGGACCUCGACGAGGUGCCCUGGACCCUCCAGGAGCUGGAGGCGCUGCUGUUGCGCUCGCGGGAUCCCCGGGCAGGCCCCGCGGUCCCCGGCGGCGGCCUGCCCAAAGACGCGCUGGCCAAGCUGUCGAUGCUGGUGAGCCGGGCGCUGGUGCGCAUCGCCAAAGAGGCGCAGCGCCUGAGCCUGCGCUUCGCCAAGUGCACCAAGUACGAGAUCCAAAGCGCCAUGGAGAUCGUGCUGUCCUGGGGGCUGGCGGCGCACUGCACAGCGGCGGCGCUGGCCGCCCUGUCCCUCUACAACAUGAGCAGCGCCGGCGGCGACCGCCUGGGCCGCGGCAAGUCGGCACGCUGCGGCCUCACCUUCUCCGUGGGCCGCGUGUACCGCUGGAUGGUGGACAGCCGCGUGGCGCUGCGCAUCCACGAGCACGCGGCCAUCUACCUGACCGCUUGCAUGGAGAGCCUCUUCCGGGACAUCUACGCGCGGGUCGUGGCCUCCGGGUUGCCUCGGAGCUGCGGCAGCUCCGGCCCGGCUUCCAGCUCCGGGCCAGGCCCGGGUUCCGGCCCCAGCUCGGUGCCGGGCUCCUCCGGCGCUCUCCCCGCGGCGGAGAAGGAACGAGAGGCGCCCGGAGGGGGAGCGGCCAGCGGCGGAGCCUGCAGCGCGGCCAGCAGCGCCAGUGGAGGCAGCAGUUGUUGCGCCCCGCCGGUCGCCGCCGCUGCGGCCGCCUCGGCCCCGCCGGCCGCCACCAACCACCACCACCACUACCACCACGCGCUCCACGAGACGCCCAAGUUCACCUUGGAGACCCUGGAGCACACGGUCAGCAACGACUCGGAGAUCUGGGGGCUCCUGCAGCCCUACCAGCACCUCAUCUGCGGGAAGAACGCCAGCGGGGUGCUAUGCCUGCCUGACAGCCUGAACUUGCACCGGGACCCUCAGCGGGUGAACAAGCCAGGAGAGCCAACCCUGUUCAGCCAGUCGGAGUUGAGGACCAUCGAGCAGUCACUGCUGGCCACACGUGUGGGCAGCAUCGCUGAGCUGAGUGACCUGGUAUCCCGCGCCAUGCUUCACCUGCAGCCCCUCCACGCCAAGCACCACGGCAAUGGUACCCCCUUGCACAACAAGCAGGGGGCGCUCUACUGGGAGCCUGAGGCCCUCUACACCCUCUGCUACUUCAUGCACUGCCCGCAGAUGGAGUGGGACAACCCCAACGUGGAACCUUCGAAGGUCAACCUGCAGGUGGAAAGGCCCUUCCUCGUGCUGCCGCCGCUGAUGGAGUGGAUCCGGGUGGCCGUGGCACACGCCGGCCACCGGCGCAGCUUCUCCAUGGACAGCGACGACGUCCGCCAGGCGGCGCGGCUGCUGCUGCCCGGCGUGGACUGCGAGCCCCGCCAGCUCAGGGCAGACGACUGCUUCUGUGCCUCUCGGAAGCUGGACGCUGUGGCCAUCGAAGCCAAGUUCAAACAGGACCUGGGUUUCCGGAUGCUCAACUGUGGACGGACAGAUCUGGUGAAACAGGCAGUGUCCCUCCUGGGACCUGAUGGCAUCAACACCAUGAGUGAACAGGGGAUGACACCACUGAUGUAUGCGUGUGUUCGUGGAGAUGAGGCAAUGGUCCAGAUGCUGCUGGAUGCCGGGGCAGACCUGAACGUGGAGGUUAUCAGUACUCCUCAUAAAUAUCCAUCCGUCCACCCUGAGACCCGCCAUUGGACGGCUCUGACUUUUGCUGUGUUGCAUGGACAUAUUCCUGUAGUUCAGCUGCUCCUGGAUGCAGGGGCCAAGGUGGAGGGGUCGGUAGAGCACGGCGAAGAGAACUACUCAGAGACACCCCUGCAGCUGGCUGCCGCCGUGGGAAAUUUUGAGCUGGUUAGUUUGCUGUUGGAGCGUGGUGCGGACCCCCUGAUAGGAACCAUGUACAGGAAUGGAAUUUCUACCACACCCCAGGGGGAUAUGAACUCUUUCAGCCAGGCCGCAGCCCACGGACACAGGAAUGUGUUCCGCAAACUGCUCGCUCAGCCAGAGAAGGAGAAGAGUGAUAUCCUGUCCCUGGAGGAGAUUCUGGCCGAGGGGACUGACCUGGCCGAGACAGCCCCGGCCCCACUGUGCGCCAGCCGCAACAGCAAGGCCAAACUGAGAGCCCUGAGGGAAGCCAUGUAUCACAGCGCUGAGCAUGGCUACGUGGAUGUCACAAUUGAUAUCCGGAGUAUAGGUGUCCCAUGGACCCUGCACACGUGGCUGGAAUCUUUGCGUGUGGCCUUCCAGCAGCACCGCCGGCCCCUCAUGCAAUGCCUGUUGAAGGAAUUCAAGACCAUCCAGGAGGAGGAGUACACGGAGGAGCUGGUGACCCAAGGCCUGCCCCUGAUGUUCGAGAUCCUGAGAGCCAGCAAGAAUGAAGUGAUCAGCCAGCAAUUGUGUGUCAUCUUCACGCACUGCUAUGGGCCCUACCCCAUCCCCAAGCUCACGGAGAUCAAGCGGAAACAGACCUCUCGCCUGGAUCCACAUUUUCUCAACAACAAAGAGAUGUCCGAUGUCACCUUCCUGGUGGAGGGCCGGCCCUUCUAUGCCCACAAAGUGCUGCUGUUCACAGCCUCUCCAAGGUUCAAAGCGCUCCUCUCCAGCAAACCUGCAAACGACAGUCCCUGCAUUGAGAUCGGCUAUGUGAAGUACCCCAUCUUCCAGCUGGUCAUGCAGUAUCUCUACUACGGUGGUCCUGAGUCUCUUCUCAUCAAAAACAACGAGAUCAUGGAGCUUCUGUCUGCGGCCAAGUUUUUCCAGCUAGAGGCGUUACAGCGCCACUGCGAGAUCAUCUGUGCGAAGGGCAUUAAUACAGACAACUGUGUGGACAUCUACAACCAUGCCAAGUUCCUUGGUGUCACUGAGCUCUCAGCCUACUGUGAAGGCUACUUCCUCAAGAACAUGAUGGUCCUGAUUGAAAAUGAAGCAUUCAAACAGCUCCUGUACGACAAGAGCGGCGAGGGGACGUGCCAGGAUGUGCUGCAGGACUUACAGAGGACGUUGGCCAUCCGCAUUCAAUCAAUCCACUUGUCGUCCUCCAAAGGUUCCAUUGUAUGAGGCCGCUGGUACAGGGGGCGCUCCCAGGGGGUGUCGCUGUCUGGUCCUCCAGCUGCUGCAGCUCCCACGGAUGCAUAUGAAUCUCACCUAGUGUCUGCUUCUGCAGGGUGGGAUGUUACCAUAACGGUCCUGGGCUUCUCUUGAAUAAGCAAAUACAGCUUCCAUGGGUUUCUGUUGAAAAGGCAAAGGGACCAAAGCUUUAUAAAGGUCAACAUGAAACAGCUGAGCGCACCCCAUUCGCCAGCACCCAGGUGGCAGAUGGACAUUCGUUGGCAGGGGUCACUGCCUAGUGUGGGUGAACUGAGAACUAAAAAUGGUUCCGGUUCCAGGUGGACCGAGAGGAAUUUACCAACUACCCAGCCACAUUGAGGCCCUCCGAGCUGCUGAGCGUGGUCAGCCCUGAUGGAGAAAAAUCAUGAGACGGUUGGGUUGUCGAUCACAGAUAGAUCAUUUGGCAAAUUUUUAGGGGUGGGGACUUUUUAAACACACACACACACACACACACACACACACAAAACAGGACAGUCUUGUAGUUGAAAAUCUCUUUCUAACAGCUUAUCAGUUUGUUCUCAAACAACUUGUGUUUAGGGGUCUGUGUUUUCAAAGUUCUUUUUGUUCAUUUGUUCGUUUUUAAAUGUGAGUCCCAGGUCCUCUCUGUAUAAACAUGCAUUAACAGGAUAUUGCUGAUAAUUCUAUACAAAGUAAAAUAACCUUGCCUUAGUGAUCAUGGUUACCCAAAAGAGGUACACUGCCAAUAAUUAUCUCUAAUUCCAAUAGUUGAAAAACAACCUGCAUGCUAAUUGUGGUUUGGGGGUGAGAAUAAAAACACCCACACAUAACAAAACAUGCAUUUGCAUGGGCCCAGAUCUGUGAUAUGUUAUGUUUGUGCUUCAUUUUUUGCCCAGCUCCACAUAUUUUACCACUUCUUCCUCAGCGUUCAUGUGGUGACCCUAAUCUACCCAUUUUCUCUCAUUAUUAGGAAUGAUUUGGGGCUGCUUUUGCAAAAAAAAAAUAAACAUGUUCAUAGACGAUGAUGCCAACAGGCGGGGGGUGGGGGGAGCACGUGAGAGAACUAUUAAUCCCAGAGUUUCCUCUGUAUUCUCAGAAGAUGUUAAUAGUUUGUUACUAGCCAGAGACUAUGACUAUGUUAGAGUAUUUUUAAAGAUGAAUCAUGUACUAUAGGAUGGCACUUUCUGUAGCCUCAGAGUGUAUAGCACAGGGUUCUAGCUGAUGGAAACUUCCGUCCACAGAGUUCCAUUGGCUCUACCAUAGAUUAUAAGCAAGAGGUUGGUGAAGUGCCACUAUAUUCAUUAUACUGGAGUCACUACCUUUUUUUCCUUUUGUUGUAAACUUAGAGACAGAGCAUUAGAACUAGGGGAGUGGCUCCUGCCCUUUAGGUUGGCCAAGUACCAUUGGCCCACAGGUUUGCUUGCAUGCCUUCAGGAAGUUGCUCAUGGAACCUGGAUUCCAGAAGAACUGCUGCACCACCACCCCUUACCCUACACCACGACGUCAAGUUCUGUUUCAUGGAUGACACAUGGAUUGUCCGGCCACAUCUGUCUCUAGCACAGGCUCAUCUAGAGACUGGGCUGAGGCCAGUGCCAGCCUCCCCAGACCCUGACACAGAGUGAGGACAUGAGGCAUAGCCCACAGCAUCCACAUGCCAGAGACUUACCGAGCAGGCACGGGCCCUACUGUCUCCCAUGUGUGCAGUCAUGUGGAUGUCCUGUCUUGACCCUGACUUCCCUCGGAUGUUGGAUGCACGUUCAGGGCACCCUAAGUUGGAUUUGUGCAGUGGCACUUCCAGCAGGCCUUGGUUCUAGACUUUGCUGUACUUUCUCUGUCAUUAAAAAAGUGAUUUUCCCAA